AUGUCCAUCAACGUCCGCCUGAGUACAUUUCUAACAACAUCAUCAGAUGAUCCGGCAGCACCAUACAUUGCGUGCGAUCCAAUCACAGACAUCGGAUCCACUCAUGCUCUCUCCCUUGCCAAGGCGCUCAUCGACGAAUGCGUACAUGGACACGAGCGUUGCAAACACAUUUCGCCGUCCUCCGAUGUUCGCCUCCCCACACGCCUUCUCGACUGUACCGACCUCGCUUUCCCGUGUCUAGUCUCAACAGAGGGCCAAGACGGUAUAUACGUCGCACUCAGCUAUGUGUGGGGCGAAGCACAACCCCACAAGACCACCAAUUCCAACAAAUCCAUCUACUCCGCCGGGAUCGAUGCCUCUCUCCUUCCCCAAACUAUCCGGGAUGCGAUCUACGUCGCACACACCCUUGGGUUCCGGUACCUGUGGGUGGACAGCCUAUGCAUCAUCCAGGACUCGGACGAAGACAAGCUGCACGAGAUCGGGAGGAUGCAUCUCAUCUACCGUCAUGCAUACCUCACUAUCAUUGCUGCCAGCGCAGAGCGGGCGAGCGAUGGCUUCCUGCAAGACCGUCCGACACCACGCUGCAUUGGCACUCUUCCGUUCAUCUGCCCUCCACACCGCCCCAUCCCUGGGGAUGAAUCUUCACGGGGGAAACAGCAUAUGGCCGUAGGGGAAGUGCACCUCUUCGAUGCGUGGUCAUACCAGGGCAGCCAGGCACUGGAGGAGCCGGUGGACAGGCGGGCUUGGUGUCUGCAAGAGCUUCUUAUGUCCACUCGCGCACUCAUCUUCGAAUCUAGGACACUCUGGUUCAGAUGUCCAAAGACAUACCAAAAUGUCAAUAACUCUCUUGAAGGGAAGUACGACGAGGUUCGACUGCCCGAUAUCGCCCUCCGCCCAGAGCCGCCGCUUAUACGAUCAGGCUCGAUUGGAAACCACUACACCAGUUGGAUGUUGCUCGUGUGGGAGUACAGCAACCGAACCAUUGGCAAGGCAUCAGACAAGCUCGUCGCAUGUGGCGCGCUCGCGGAAGCAUUCCAUCGCAUCCUGGGCUGCGACUAUCUCGCGGGCUCAUGGCGCGACACACUCCUCCAAGACCUACUCUGGCAUACCUUGCCACAUUCGGGCAAGUCUGGGUAUCAUUUUAAUACAAACCGCCCUCUGGAAUAUCGCGCACCGUCGUGGUCGUGGGCCGCCGUCGAUGGGUGCAUCUGCCAUAUCACAAUCCGCUCUUAUGAUCAUUCUGACGUAGUUAGGACACAAGUCAUGCGAUGCCACGUCACCCUCAAAGAUCCCGAGCUUCCAUUCGGCGAAGUCACGGGUGGCUCCCUUGUUCUCCGUGCAAAAUUAAUACCGUGCAAGGUGCGCAGGACUGACACCUGGGAAUGGGGCGCCGAAAUCUUGUUACCGCCACUUUUAUGCGGACGGCGCUCGGGAGGCUUGCACCAGGUUGAUGAAGACGUCACCAUAGCAGAGGACGAGAACUGUCGACUAGCAUUCUGCUAUGUCGACCAUCUUCCUGAUCUCCUAAACAAGAGGGAGUCUGCCUGGCUCCUACCGGUUUGGUGGCAGGAUCGCGAUAGGUUUGUCAGGGAAGAAGUGUCCGGUCUUAUCCUUACCCUCGCAAAUCUGGACUCGGGCACCGGAGCGCAGAAUGGCAAGGUAUAUCGCCGUAUUGGGGCGUUCAAAUCCAUUUGUCAUGAUUGGGCCCAUCUGAGACGUCUCCACGCGCUGGAGGAAGAGGAGGAGGUCGAGAUCGUAUGA